AUGCAAAAGAAGCGUGCUGUAAUCUCCAGCGCUAUAAUUGGUAUUGAUAGAUUCACACAGAUCAUUCGAUUUUCUCAGGGUUUGGGUCUGAAAAUUCAAGAUGUGACCAUACUAGCACGUGUGAUUCACAUUUCCACGAGUUUUUUGCUUCGUUUUAGGCCGACCAAAAGGCAGUUUUUUGCUGGCGAUCAUCCAUUAAAUUUUAUUCGAACAAAACAGUGGUCUCCAGCCAAAAAGAAGCGUGUUCAACCAAAUCUUUUUAAACGCUCGAGUGAAGGUGACUGGGUAUUCAAUAAUCAGUUUUCCGUUAAAUAUUUCCGUGAAAAAGGUGCGUUCAGGCUGGAAUCGAUGCAUGAGCAAGUAUGUGCUUCCUUCUUAACAUGUAAAUUCGUAGUCUGGACAUGUUUUGGAAGAGCCAGAUUUUUUUUUCGUGUGUUUUUGCCAUGCAGCCUUAUAGUGCUGCAACAGCAAAAACAUAUUGUGACAACCCACGGUGUUUGUAUAUGCAUGUGUGUGUUUGUCUGUCUUGGUAUUCCACCUCGGCAGACAAACAAGCCUAGAUGCUAAAG